AUGGCUUCUCAAGAAUUUACCGUACUAUACACUCACCAAAAAAUGAAAAAAUCAAAAACAUGGCAAGAUGGAAUUCUGAGGAUUAGAACUGGCAGCAAUAAGGCUAUCUUGUUUGAUGAUAAAGGACAAUGUUUGGAGAGUAUUUUUAUAAAAUCUCAGGUGAAUGCUGGAGAUAAUUUAGAAAGUGAACGAUAUUUGAUCACAGUUGAAGCAGUAAAAGUGAAUGAAAAAUCUUUUGAAGAUCAGCCAAGGAGAUCAGAAACUCCAGCAGUGGACAGAAAUGGUGUAAAACCUGGUGUUCUGCCUCCAAGACAUCUGUCUGUCGGCUUGAAGAGGAAGUUUACAGGUUUCCAAGGACCACGCCAAGUUGGAAAGAAAAUAUCAAUGAUGGAGGAUGGAGAAAACCCAACAAUGUUGCCUUUAUCUAAGCAGUGUCAGGGUACUCUUCCAUCCAAGUUUUAUAUUACCUCUCCAUUAUUUUCUACGAUUUGCAAGAAGGAUGCAGAAAUAAAUCUGCCUGCAGACUUUCAUGAAGAUGUGUGUACGGGUAAUGAUAGAGAACACAUGUCUCUCUCCUCACUGCUUUCAGUUCCGCUUCUUGACAGAUGCAAGGAGACAGAGAAGCAAAACUCUGAUCAGUCCGUUGUGAGGCCAGAAUCUCCUCUAAUUACUAGCCACACCAAAUCUCGUAGUCAGACAGCCGCUGACGGGGCAGUGUCACAGAACAUCAGGAGCACAGCACAGAUAAUAGCUCUUUUAAAGUCUAAACCAACGCGAGGAUGCAGAGAGCAAACAGCAUCUGAAGUCACAGAAUGUCCUUCUAGGUUUUGGGCAUCAGAAAACACGGAUAGUUUAUACAAGAGCAAAAGCACAAUACUACCUGCUUUUUCAGGCAACCCUGCCAAAAGACUCAUUCAAAAUAUUCAGCACCUGCCUUUUGCAAAGGGAACUGUAAAUGAUAAAAAGGAAUGGAAUGCUGAAAUACUUCUAAAAGCUGAACAACCUUGUGAUAAAGAAGUUGCAGGACAGAGACAUCACAAAAAGGCAAAUAAUUUAAGUCAAGAUAUACAAGAUCCCUGCAAUACAAAUUGUUCCUUCCUACCUGAAUCCACCAUAAGUAGAAUGAGUGACAGUCAGUUUGCCACAUCCUUGGGUGACGUUUCAUGUUUGGCAAGUCCAAUCACCUUUGAAAAAAAUCUCCCCGGAUACAGGGAGCAUUCGGUGACUAACGGUCUUAAGGAGAAUUCAUCUGUGAAGUUGCAAAGCAACCUUCAGCCACGACAAAAUUCAGAAAGAGUGCCUAGUGACCUGGAACGCUCUGUGGACAUAACAUUGGCUGAAAUUGGAAUUGUAAAGGAGGAAUUAAGUACACGUGGCAAAGACUAUGGUCCAGAUGAACAGGUGUUGGAGGUUAACUUCAAUCUAAUGGAGGCUUUUGAUUUUAAUGACACGGACAAUGAAGACCUGUGUGAAAGAGGUGUGAAUCAGCUCAGUGAAGGAGACGUGCUUUCACAAAGUCCAGAUUGCUUAAAGGGAGAAGAUGUAGCACAAAAUAGUGCAUUGAGGCUUCCUGCUUGCUGUGAAGUAGUGACACACAGUAGAAGCGAAGUUGGAUGUUCAACAUUUGACGGUGAGAAUGAUGGAAGUCACAGCACUGGGGGUAUACCAUCGCAGCUUUGUGAUAACAAUGUCAGAGAUACAGGGGGAAUUGCAGAAGACUCUGCAAACCAGACCAGAAUUGAAGUGGAACUUCUGGGUGAUGGACACAACAUAAAAGAGAUUAAUGAAAGUCAGUUAAGUAUUGAAGGCCCAAACAGUGAGAAGGCUCUUGAUGGCUGUGCAGCGCAUACCGUUAACGAAAUGUCAUGGACAAAAACUGAGCACUCUGAUCUUUUGCCUCGUGACACAGAUGUUACUGAAUGUCACCCUAAAGCUAGAAUGUUUGAGAAAACUGAAAGUAUUUCAUGUAUUUCUACCAGCAGAAUAAUUUCUGCAAUGGACAAAAGGACUGAAGAAGAUGUUACACAGCAUGGAUGCAUGAAAUCCCCAGAUGUUGGUUUAAAACACUGCUGGGGCACCAAGAGUGAUGACAUUAAAGCAGAUAGUCCUUUGCUGGCUUUGUCACGAAAAUCAGAUCCUAGCUAUGGCUCGUUCCAAUAUAUUGCAGAAGACCAUCAAAAGGUACUCGGCAUUUCAUAUAAGGAAGAUACCCUCAUUUCCAGAAGUUCUGUCUGUCCUUUAGGGAAAAGCUGUUCAUCUCCAGAGGAAACAGCAAUAGGUGAAACUGAGUUUGAAAAUGUAGAGUGCAUGAAUGCUUUUCAUGAAGCCUGCAAAGGAGAAAGAAUAGAAAUGGAUUGCCUGAAAUACAUGGCAAUGACUGAAAAUUCAUCAGAUCUUCCUGAUUUGGUAAACAAUAUCGCUCUUUUAAGAGCUUUGACUCAACAUAGCACGGCAUUAGAAAGCUUACAAAAGAUGGAGGAAAAUAAUAGCAUAUUAUAUGAAGCAGAGACUUCUAAAGAGAUAUUUGAACCCCUUGUGAAAGAUGAAGCUAUAAAACAGUUUACAGAAAUGCCUUACUCAGAAAGUAUACAGGCAUCUUCCUGUUCAUACUUUGAUUCUUCUGACCUUAUGCCUGUUGCGUUUCAAGGGCACCAAGUAAAGGGAUCAGCAGCUAGUGAGAUAAUGUUGAGAGCUCCCUGCUCACAGCUAGGAUGGCAGCAGAACCCAUCUCCAGGUUCAAGAAGUCUUCAUGAGGAUGAUAUCAACUUUAUCAGAGAAGACAAGUUUCAAAAGAAGUCUAACAUUAUUAAAGAAUCGAGAGCAGAUCAGUCCUCACAGGAGAAAUCCAGCUAUCCAGAGGAAUGCAUCCCCUCAAGAGUCAAACCCACAGUUAAAACACGAACUCCCUUUGUCACUCUUCCUGCCACGGAGAAGUUUCCUGAUGUGGUUUGUCCAGCUGACAGUGAAGAGGUCCAGCAACCUUUCAGCUCUUCAGUAGUCCAUUUAGGCAACAAGUCAGCAAUAUUUCCUAUUAGUGCUUUUGGCCCUGAGGACAGAAAUUAUGAAACCUCUGUGUUUGGAGAGUAUACGGAAGGCAGACAAAGGGAAUCCAUACAGCCAGCGUUCCCUAAUGUGACUUCACACUAUAGACAAAGCAAGUGGCUAAAAUACCAAAACAGUGCUCAGUGUGACUUGAUAACUCAAAACAGCGACAGUGGGGAAGCGGACGAUGACAUCUGUGCUGAGAACGUCCUUGGAAUGCUGCUGGGUGACACAGGAGAGAGCAGCACUGUGAAUAAAAGCGCUCCUGGCUCUCCACCUCUACUGACAGCAAAGAGCAUGCUUGGUAAAUGCUGUGGAAAUACCAGCAACCAAGAUUUGAUUUCAGAGAGGAAGUUACUUUCUCUGCACUUCAGUCAGACACCUUUGGCUGAAGCUACACAAAAGGUGUUAAGUCAUCUGAGCUGCCACACUGUAACAGGAGACGGCCAGGAUGUAACGAUUUCUGAGUUGUCUUUUCCUAAUGUGGAUAAAGUAAAAUAUGCUAAUCUUCCUAAAAGAAAGAUUUCCAUACCAACUGUGUUUCAGUCUUAUGUUCACUACAAACAGAUUUUUAGAGCUGCUCUGACAGAGCAAUUAAACAUAAUGCUAUUUGAGUUGUCACAAAGAUUACACAAUGCUCUUUCAAAAGUGGAUAUAUCUUUUUACACUUCAUUGAAAGAUGGGCAAAGUGAGAGCAAAGCAAGCUGCGUUCCGCUCUGCAAUCAUAUGCAUCCUGCUAAGCUUGUUAUGGUUAAAAAAGAAGGUCAAAACAAGGGUCGCUUGUUCUAUGCCUGUGAUGCCCCAAAAGCUGAGCAGUGUUCAUUCUUCAAGUGGAUAGAAGACAUUAACCCCGCGCAGAUAAAAUCGACACCUAGUGUAGUGCUUCAUGAUAUAAAAAGUAUUGGGACAUACCUCAGAAGUCAAAAGAUUUCUCUCUAUGAGGGAUGCCAGCUUUUGGUGAGGAAAGCCUUUGAAAUUCAAACACAGCGGUGUAGUAAGUUCAAGAAAUUUAUGAACACACCUGCUGGAUUUGAUGGUGAUACCAAAAACAAAUUAUACCUCAGACUAAGCAGAAGGGAGCAUUAUUCUGUCUAUAGCAAAGAUGAUAUUUGGGUUGUUUCGAAGACUCUGAACUUUGAUACCCUUGAUACUUUCAUUGCAAGUAGUGCUUUCUUUGGACCAUCCUCCAACAGUGAAGUAGAAUUGCUACCACUGAAAGGCUACUGUCCCUCCAACUGGCAAUCAAAUACGUUAGUUCAUGCCUUGCUGGUUUGUAAUGCUAGUGGUGAGCUUACAUCUUUAAGAAAUAUGGAGGAGCACUUCAAUCCAUCUACGUUACCACUAAUACCACAUCUACUAAAAAUGAAUUUUCACUCUGAAAAUGCUACUAAUAGAGUCAACAAAAGAAAAUUUAUUCCACCUGCCAUCAGCCUGAAACACACCAUGAUGUAUGGACCUGUCAGCACUGAAGUGGCAAUGGGACUAGCUAAAAAGAUGAUCCAAACAUUCUCGUUGAACCCAGACCAAGCUACAUCACUGGUUCAGAUAGCUCAGAUGAUGACCUCAUGUGAAAAUAUCAAACCGGUGGAAGAACAUCAGAUCUUCCCUAUCACAAUCAUACGUGGUGUGUUUGGAGCUGGAAAGAGCUAUCUGCUGUCUGUUGUGAUCUUGUUCCUAGUACAGCUCUUCAAAAGCAGUGAAGCUACAGAGGGUCCAAAGCCAGCUCCGUGGAAACUUCUGAUUGCUUCUUCCACCAACAUUGCUGUUGACAGGAUACUGCUGGGUCUACUUGAUCUUGGAUUUGAGGAUUUUAUCAGAGUGGGCAGUAUUAGGAAAAUCACCAAAGCAAUUCUUCCCUAUAGUUUACAUGCUGGCUCAGGAAAUGAAAAUGAGCAGUUAAAAGAACUGCUUGCUCUCAUGAAAGAAGAUUUAACUCCAGCUGAAAAAAUAUACGUGAGGAAGAGUAUUGAGCAACAUAAACUGGGGACCAAUAAAACUAUACUGCAACAGGUGAAAGUGGUCGGGGUGACCUGUGCUGCCUGCCCGUUCCCUUGCCUGAAUACUCUUAAGUUUCCUGUAGUGAUGCUGGAUGAGUGCAGUCAGAUGACUGAACCUGCUUCUCUCCUUCCUGUUGCAAGGUUUCAGUGUGAAAAGCUAGUCCUUGUUGGAGACCCUAAGCAACUACCGCCAACUAUUCAAGGCUCUGAGAGUGUUCAUGAAAAGGGGUUGGAGCAGACUCUCUUUGACCGGCUUUGCUUAAUGGGACAUAAACCAAUACUACUUCGGACACAGUACCGAUGUCACCCUGCUAUUAGUGCCAUAGCCAACGAGCUGUUCUAUAAAGGAAAUCUGAUAGACGGUGUUUCCGAGAAGGAUAGAAGUCCUUUAUUGGAUUGGCUUCCAACACUGUGUUUCUAUAGUGUUAACGGCAUAGAGCAAAUUGAAAGAGACAACAGCUUUUGUAACAUGGCAGAAGCCCAUUUUACAGUCAAGCUCGUCCAGUCUCUGAUGGCAAGUGGCAUAGAAGGAUCUGCAGUUGGUGUGAUUACUCUUUAUAAAUCACAGAUGUGUAAGAUUCAGAACUUGCUUAGCAGCGUACGCUCUGAGGCUUUCGAAACGAAAGCUGUCCAGGUGUCCACUGUGGACGCAUUCCAAGGAGCCGAGAAGGAGAUCGUUGUUUUGUCAUGCGUAAGAACAAGGCAAAUCGGGUUCAUAGACUCAGAAAAGAGAAUGAACGUUGCACUAACAAGAGCAAAGAGGCAUUUGUUGAUGGUUGGCAAUCUGGCCUGUUUAAGCAGGAACAGACUGUGGGGAAGAGUAAUUCAUCACUGCAGAGGAUGGGAAAACGGAUUGCAACAUGCAAGGCAGUGUGAGCAGCAGCUAAACAACAUUCUGCAGUGCUAUUUGGAGAAGCGGAAGGAAGAGGAACAGAACAAGAAAAAGGAAAAGUAAAGCCCGUGCCUG